ACGGUCAGAUUCAAGAACGAGCUUGAGCGAAAUAUUACAAUCAAACUUGGAUACGCGAACGCGAAAAUCUACAAAUGCGACAGCGAUGAAUGCCCACGACCAACCUGUUAUAAGAGUUUCAAGAGCGAGAAAGAGAUUGAUCCACCGUGUGAGCGACCAGGUUGUGAGGGUCGGUAUCGUCUACUGAGACACGUUUCUUUUGUGGACUGUCCCGGACACGACAUUCUCAUGAGCACUAUGCUUUCAGGUGCUGCGGUCAUGGACGCUGCUCUGCUACUCAUUGCAGGAAACGAGACCUGCCCUCAACCUCAGACUUCAGAACAUUUGGCCGCCAUCGAGAUUAUGAAGCUUCAGCACAUCAUCAUUCUGCAGAACAAAGUCGAUCUCGUACGAGAGGAGGCUGCUGCACAGCACUACGAGUCGAUCAAGAAGUUCAUCCGCGGCACUGUUGCUGAUGAUUCGCCGAUCAUCCCAAUUUCCGCCCAACUCAAAUUCAACAUUGAUGCCGUCAACGAAAUGUUAGCCACAAGGAUUCCAGUCCCGAACCGGAACUUCCAAACGAGCCCUCACAUGAUCAUCAUUCGUUCGUUCGAUGUCAACAAGCCCGGUUCAGAAAUCGAUGAGCUGCAGGGAGGUGUUGCAGGUGGAUCAAUCUUGACUGGUAUUCUGAAAUUGGGCGACGAAAUCGAGAUCAGACCCGGUAUCGUUUCAAAAGAUGAGCAGGGCAAGAUCCAAUGCAAGCCAAUCUACUCACGCGUUGUCUCUCUAUUCGCUGAGAACAACUCGCUCAAGUUUGCUGUUCCCGGAGGUCUUAUUGGUGUCGGAACUCGUAUCGAUCCUACUUUGUGCCGAGCUGAUCGUCUUGUCGGUCACGUUCUCGGUUUGAAGGGACAACUACCGAAGAUCUACACAGAGCUGGAAGUCAACUAUUUCUUGCUACGACGGUUGCUGGGUGUCAAGACGGCCGACGGCAAACAGGCCAAGGUCGCGAAGCUCACCAAGAACGAGGUGCUGAUGGUCAACAUCGGUUCUACUGCCACAGGUGCCAAGGUCCUGGCCGUCAAGGCUGAUGUCGCCAAAUUACAGUUGACGAGCCCAGCGUGCACUGCCAACGGAGAGAAGGUCGCGCUCAGUCGAAGAAUUGAAAAGCACUGGCGGUUGAUCGGUUGGGCGACGAUUCUGCAGGGAGAAACUCUGGACCCACAGGAGCCCACGGAUUGAGAAGAUAUUUUGCAUGACUGAAGUAGUCGGGAUUGAGGCAAUGGAUAUCCACGGGCGUCAUCAGUCCCGCAACCAAAUCUGAUCCGAACGUGGGUACUGUUUCGUUUCAACUUGCGAGGAUGAAUUGAACGACGAUAUGUAAUUGGCGGCGUUGUAGGUGUCGUGCGAGGGUAUCCAUUCUUUGUCAUGUUGAGCCAUAGACAGCUAGUUAUUCAGCACGAUGCUAUGUCUGCACAAUCAAGCUCUCGUUUGAAGGUGAAGCAGAAUGACUUUUCCAUCAGAGCUGUUCUGUUCAUCACACAUGAGGUGCGGAGAUGGC